AUGAACAAUGAAGACAGUUUCCAACCAGGCGAAGAUCUGGAGGUGCUUAAUUCGAGUUUUCCAGGUUUGAUUCAUUCCUGUAGUUUCUGCAACGUACAGGAACUCGAUCCUAGCAUGGAACGCAAAAGGGAAGUCAAUGAUGACCUGCUUUCCGGAACCCUCAUCAGGUAUCGGGGCUCAAGGAUACGAGAUGGCGCAUUACAAGGCUGCGCUUUUUUCAAGGAUGCUUUCGACUCGCUCCAGUCCAUCUUGGAAACUCAUGGACACGAACAAGCGAGCGAUUCUCCCCGUUUCCGACCAGAGAAUUGGAUACAUGAACUGUACUUCAGUGGCUAUACGGAUCGUCUAGAAACGGCUAGAGGCACUUGGAGAUGUGCGGUGGGUGAAUUGCAGGGAGACGUGCGACAUCCUGAGCAAAAAGAACAUUCUUAUUCGGUCUUGGCUUGUGAAGGAAACCCAGCAGCGGAGAGCAUCCUGAUUCGACCAAUUCUACAUGAUUUCAAACGGCAGGAAUCAGCUUCGUGGGCAAAGCAACGCCUCUAUGAGUGCGAAAUUAACCACCCAGAUUGCGCAUUUCCAAGCUCUUCAUUUCUACCCAGAAGGUUGUUGGAGAUCAAUACAUCCGGUGAAGAGAAAGGAAUGGGCGUCCGCGUUCAUCUGAUUACUUCCUCCGAACUUGAUACCACCACAACGAAAUACGCGGCUCUAUCCUACUGUUGGGGAGGCCCACAAGAGUUUCAGUUGAAUGGCGGCACAAAAGACAUGCUAAAGGAUGGGAUAUCAGCUUCAAUUCUUCCAAAAACCCUCCGUGACGCUGUCCAAGUGACCUCGAAUCUUGGGAUUCGUUGGAUUUGGAUCGACAGUCUUUGUAUUCGCCAAGACAAUCCAGAGGAUAAAGCGACCGAAGUUGCGCAAAUGCAUAGAAUAUAUGCAAGUUCCUUCAUUACACUCUCAGCCAGUAGGGCUAGCAGCUGCAGUCAAGGGUUUCUUCACCAAUGCUCUCUGCCUGCUCCAGGGACGACCGGGUAUAAAUUACCCUUCGCGUCACCAUCUGGAAGACUGGGAUCCGUAAUACUCUCUAGCAUUCAGGUGAAUUCACCGAUUGAUUUACGCGGCUGGACUUUCCAAGAGCAUCUCCUUGCCCGUCGGAAUGACACAAUUCAAAACUUACCAUCAUCACUCGUUAGCCUGCUAGACCAGACGUACAAGAUGUACAAGGGCAUUCGUGCCGAGGACCGAAAUUGCAGGAAUUGGAUGGACAUUGUUGAGCACUAUACUUAUCGCGAGUUAUCCGACGAGUCGGAUAGGCUUCCAGCGAUAUCUGGAAUAGCCCAGGCAUGGACUCAAACAUCAAAUGAUUGCUAUCUUGCCGGCCUCUGGAAAUCACACCUUCCUUUAGGGCUACUUUGGUCCCAUGAGCAACCAUUUCGGCAAGACGAAUUCCAAGCAUAUCUUGCACCUUCAUGGUCAUGGGCUUCUACUGUUGGGUUUGUCAAGUGGUAUAAUUUUAUGCUCACCGAAGUUGAUCCUAUGCUCAAAGUCGUAUCAUGCACGACUCAACCUGCUCAUUCCCAGGCACCGUACGGCGCUGUACAAUCCGGAUCAUUAAUUGUGCAAGGUCUCAUACAACAGACUGUAUUCAAUGAAGCUCCAGAGUUGCCGACAUUAGUCAAUGAAGAUAACAAAUAUCUUGAUCUUGAUCUGGCAGAUGUUCAUCUUGAUUUCUGGGACGAGACACUAGCUUCCAAGGUUGAAGGCGGCAGGAUAUUCAGUCUGCAGAUCUGUUGCUUCGACGAAACGACUAACAAGGGGCCAUCAGGACUUCUGCUUACUACUAAAGAUGGAAAGGAAUUUUCUAGGAUUGGAAUGUUUUUCUUUGAGCCACCGCAAGGAUGUGAUGUGGAGGAGCUUAAUGAUUUUGAGGCACUGCUUGAACUGUCAGAAGGCCGGAAGUCUGUUCAGAGAUCUGCUUUUCGGGGUAGUGUCCCACAAGGGAUCAAGAUAAUUUAA